AUGGCACACCACAAUCCAGAUCUUUCGCACAGCAUCACGAUGCAUCCUCGUCCGUUCCACCUGCAUCCAAACAGACCAGAGCAUUCGGUCCGAACUCACACUCCUCUCACCCAUUCGAACCCGUCAGCAAAGCCCGCUGCCAGUACUUCCUUCGAGCCUCUCAGUCUUCAAGAUGAAGAGCACAACCCAAUCUCUCGCCACACUUCUGCUAUGAACGACGUCGAAGAGCAGAGACCUCCCCGCUACACGCGCGAGAAUGAUCCAUACAAACUGUCUUCAGCCUACAAAGACACGGCCGAAAUCCAGCUUAUCGGUGCGAAUACCUCUCGAAAGCGCGAUGGAUGUGGCCCCAUCAAAUUCAACGGCGAUGCUAAGAAGGCACGGAAGAUUCGGCAGUUCUACGAGAAUCAGAAUGAAAACAUCCAGCGCAUGCUGAAGCCUGUUGAGGACCACCGCGCUGAGGCACAACAAGAGGCAGGAGAUGAUCAUCUGCAGUGGCAGAUUGCUGUCUACGGGUCUUUCGUGGCCAACAUCGUCCUCGCAGGACUGCAACUCUACGCUGCCGUCUCAUCCGGCUCUCUGUCUUUGAUUACGACCAUGGCCGACUCCAUCUUCGAUCCCAUGUCGAACAUCACUUUGAUGCUCACCAAUAGAGCUGUCAAACGAGUGGACCCAAAUCGAUUCCCGUCCGGUAAGGCCCGCCUUGAAACGGUCGGCAACAUCGUAUUCUGCUUCAUCAUGAUUAUGGUAUCAGUUAUCCUCAUCGCCUUCUCGGCCCGGGAUCUUGCUGAUCCACCCGAGGAAGAUACCAAGACGUUUCAUCUUCCUUCAGUAAUCGCUGUCGCCAUAGCUUUCACCACCAAGUUCUGUCUCUUCCUCUACUGCUGGGCCCUGAAAGACAAGUAUUCACAAAUCAAUAUUCUGUGGCAAGAUCACCGGAACGACCUGGCCAUCAACGGCUUCGGUAUCCUCACUUCCGUCGGCGGAUCCAAGCUCGUGUGGUGGAUCGACCCCAUGGGCGCCAUCAUCAUCUCAUGCAUUAUCAGCUCCGUCUGGCUUCACACCGCAUUCACCGAGUUCCUCCUCCUCGUCGGCGUGACUGCCUCGGUUGAAUUCCAGCAGCUCAUCACAUACGUCUGCUUGACCCACUCUCCCGCUAUCGAAGGCAUCGACACCGUCAGGGUCUACCACUCGGGACCAAGACUCAUAGCCGAAGUCGACGUUGUUAUGAAUGCCGAGUCGUCUCUGAGAGACACGCAUGAUGUUGCUGAGGAGUUGCAGAUCAAACUGGAGAGCUUGCCCGAUAUCGAGAGAGCAUAUGUCCAUGUUGACUACGAGACUACUCACAAACCAGAGCAUGCCUACAAAAAAGAUAUCUGA